AUGGAUGGGAUUUCCCUUGCGAAUGCAAAUAAUUGGGUAGGUGUAAUUUCGAGUCUCCCAAAACUGUUGCGUUUAAGUUUAGGGAGAUGUGAGCUGUCACAGGUUAUGUAUCCAUAUUCUUCUUUUCUCAACUCUUCUUCUUCUUCAUCUAUUCAUACCCUUUAUCUCAGUGACAACAAUCUCACAUCAUCCAUGUAUCGUUGGUUGCUCCCAUUAACCAGCAAUAAGCUUAAUGGACUUUAUCUCUCUGAUAAUAUGUUAGAUGGGAUACCCAAAUAUCUUGGUAACCUCUGUAGUCUGGAAACUUUAUCCUUCUACAACUCUGCUGCUGUCAAAUUUCCUGAUUUUCUCAACAACUUGUCUGGAUGCACAUCCCUUUCAUUACAAAAGUUGUCUGCUCAAGGAAGCCAAUUUACAGGGCCACUGUCCGAUGUGAUCCAGAAGUUUGCAUCCCUAGAAUCUCUGUACCUAUCUGAUAAUCAGUUAAAUGGAAGUAUAAGUGAGAAACUGUGGGAACUACCCAGGCUCCGAACUAUUUACCUUUCUUCUAAUAAUCUUACAGUUCCUUCCCCAGAUCACUUGUCAAACAUCUCUUAUAUUCAGUAUCUUGAUCUGAGGUCUUGCAAGGUAGGGCCUCUCUUCCCCAAAUGGAUUCAGACACACAAAAAUCUUACCUUUCUUGGCAUUUCCAAUACUGGAAUUUCAGACACAACUCCUCUGGAGUUCUGGGACAUGUGGCCUUCUCAAUUAGAAUAUCUGAAUCUCUCUUCCAACAACAUUAGCGGGAAAGUACCAGAUUUAUCAUCAAAUUUUGCCAAAUAUUCAGAGAUAGAUUUGAGUUCCAACAACUUUUAUGGUCCAAUACCGAAUGUUCCUUCCACCUUGUUCUUAUUAAAUCUUUCCAGAAACAAAUUUUUUGGGGGAAUCUCAUUUGUAUGCCAAAUUGUUGAUGGGUUCUUAUCAUUUCUUGACCUCUCUCAUAACUCAUUAAUCGGACAACUCCCGGACUGUUUGUGGCGUUUCAAAGGACUACAAGUUCUUAAUCUUGGACACAACAAUCUCUUUGGACGGAUUCCUCCCUCUGUUGGAUCUUUGAUACAACUCCAGGUGUUGUAUUUAUUCAAGAACAACUUCUCUGGAGAAUUGCCUUUGUCCUUAAAAAAUUGCACGGGUUUAAUCUCGUUGAAUUUGAGGGCCAACAAGUUUCUGGUAAUGUGCCUGUCUGGAUUGGGGAAAACUUAUCAGUUAUGUCAGUUAGGUAAUCUUCAAAUUGUAGACCUGUCGAUGAACAAUCUUCAUGGAACCAUCCCCUCAUGUUUGAGUAAUCUUACGAGCAUGGUUCACCAAGGAGGAAUCUUACAAGAUGUAUACUUUCAAACAAGUAUAAACAAUAUUGUAUAUGCAUCAGGGAUAUAUGUUGACCAUGCAAUGAUUCAGUGGCAAGGAGGUGAACAUGAAUUCUUAAGUACUCUGAAAUUGGUGAAGAGCAUUGACCUGUCAAGCAACAACUUAACAGGACAAAUCCCAUAUCAAAUUACCAAUCUUUCAGAUUUGAUUGCCCUGAAUUUUUCAAUGAAUGCUCUAUCUGGAGAGAUUCCACAGCAUAUUGGUGAGAUGAAAAAGCUUCUAACGGUGGAUUUAUCCAGAAACAAUUUAUCAGGGAGGAUACCAUCAAGCAUGUCUCAGAUGAGUUUAUUGAAUGACCUAGAUUUGUCAUUUAAUAACUUGUCUGGAAGAAUCCCAACCAGCACUCAACUCCAAUCCUUUCAACCAUCAAGAUACAAUGGAAAUGCAUGUCUAUGUGGACCUCCUCUUACCAAAAGUUGUCCUCUAGAUGAAGAAUCAAAAGUACCACCUCUUAUUGGUAAAGGUGAGGGUGAUGGGGAAGACACAAAUGAUGAACUCUGGGGAUGGUUUUAUACUGGUGUGGGCAUUGGUUUUGCUACUGGAUUUUGGAUAGCAUGUGGCGCUUUACUUCUCAACCGUCGAGGGAGACGUGCAUUUUUUCAAUUUUAUGACAGCUUCAAAGAUUGGGUUUAUGUGAAAGUGGUUGUGUUCGUUUCAAGUUUGCAAAAGGCUAGACACACGUAG